ACAGCCGGCAGUGCAGCGGUCCGGUGUGAGGGCCUCCUCAUCCCCGCGGACAGGCGGGCGGGACAAAGCACUUGUUCAGGCUGCUGCUCGGUGGAGAACCGUUGUCUCCGUGUCUCCCUGGGACAACGGUUUUACAGCGGACUACCAAAGUUAGUCUGAGAUCAAACACGUUCAUUUUAAUUAAAGUCAACGAAGAAACGUGUUUAUCUUCCCUCGGAGACUUUAUUUCUCUUCAUUUGUUCAUCUUCAGAAGAAAAGGAGACUUUAACAGGAAACAGGGACUGGGCAGUUCAUCGUUCCCGGCGACCCCCUCCAGAUCUGGACUAUUUUGAGCGAUGUUUGACAAGCAGCACUACGAGAGUCCGCCCGUCUACAGUCCUCCUUUCACCCCCCCAUCCAACAAGGGUUUCGGCUCUCGAGGCAGCUUCCAGACCCAUCAGAGCGACUACAACGCUUACCCACCUCCGCCCGGAUCGUACUACAUCGAGGACAGACCGCAGCACUUCUACAAAUGGCAGUCUCCUCCGGGGAUCAUCAAAGCCAUGAUGGCUACGGUGAUCGUGUUGUGUGUGGCCAUAUUUGCGUGUGUGGCGUCCACUCUCAUGUGGGACAUGCAGUAUGGGUAUGGAAUGGGAAUGGGCUACGGCAGCGGCGGGUACACCGGCAGCAACUACGGUUCGGGAUUCGGUAGUUAUGGAGGAGGUUACGGGGGUUACCCAGGCUACGGAAACAGCUACGGCUCCUACGUGUCACCUUACUCAGCCAAAACAGCCAUGAUCGCCAUGGCGGCCAUUAACUUUAUAGCAGCACUAGCCUUCUUCAUCGCCAGCUUCUCCAAAUCCAACAUUAUCCGCAGCAGGAAGUUCUUUCUGGCCCUGCUGAUAGGCUGUAUCAUCAUGGCCGUGUUGCAGGGCAUCAUAAACAUAGUCUACAUCGUGGGGGUGAACCCGAUGGCCCAGAGCUCCUCCAAUAUGAUGUACAACCCCAUGCUCAUGAUGUGCCAGAACCUCUACCAAACCACUUACUCACAGAUGGGAGGAGUGGGAGGCUUCCCCAUGUACAACCAGUAUCUGUACCAUUACUGCUUCGUGGACCCACAGGAGGGAGUGGCCAUGGUGUGUGGAUUCCUGGUUGUCAUUGCCUUGGCCGUUGCCUCUUUCUUUGCCCACAAAACAAGAGGGAAGAUCUGGCGCUACGGGAAACCAAACAUCUACUGGGAAGAGCCGCUUGUUGGUGGGAAGACCUCCGAGGGCAGAGAUGUAGAGGAAUGGGUGAACAAUGUGGAGGAAAGCCGCAGCGUGCAGGACGCCCCGACCCUGCUGGUGUCAGAGAAGGGAGCCGGGCUACUCAACGCAUCAGCAAACAGCGUCAUCUCCUACCCUCCAGCCAAGGUGGACAGCAGCUCCUACAAUGACAACGAGGACGCCUUUGACAACAACCAGUACUCAGAAAGGACCACAAGCAGACCCUCAGAAGCUCUCUCCAACGGCGGGGGGACCAGCUCCAGUCCCUCAGAGGAGAUCGGUGGUGUCCGCAAACCGUCUGCCAACAGAGGCAAGAGACGCAGACGCAACCCUGAGGUAGAUGAGUCUCAGUAUGAGACGGAGUACACCACAGGAGGAGAGACGGGCAACGAACUCGACGAGGAAGAGUGGGAAAGAGCAUACCCUACGAUAAGAUCUGAUACCGAGCGUCAUGAGUACAAAAGAGAAUUUGACUCAGAUCUUAAGGAAUACAAGCGUCUGUGUGCAGAGAUGGACGACAUUAACGAUCAGCUGAACAAACUCAGCAGGCAGCUGGACACGCUGGAUGACACCUCUGCAAAAUACCAGGGUGUAGCAGAUGAGUAUAACCAGUUAAAGGAUCUAAAGCAGACACCAGACUACCGUGCCAAGAAGAAAGACUGUCGCCGGCUGAGACACAAACUGUACCACAUCAAGCGCAUGGUGAAGGACUACGACAAGAACCACUCGUGAACCCACCGAGUCCUGACACUCGACUCUGUGCUCCACUCAGCAAACACUCGCAGAGAUACACUCCGACACACUGCAAAGACUAUGUGACAUGACCAAAGUUACCUGUACAGAACUCACACACACACACACACAUAUCCACCCAGAGGGAACAUCCUGCAUGUUAAUAAUAACGGUCUUAGACUUGUGUUUCCUGUAUUACUCAUCACUGAUGUAUAAAGAUCUGUAUAAAUGUUUUAUUUUAGAGAAAGCAGGACCCUCAGUAAGCACUGCCAUGUUCUGUGAAGGCUUCAGCUCUUUGUUUUUGCAGCAUCGAGCUGCAUAUCAGGAUCAGAGGGAGUGGCUGAUAGCGUGACGGUCACCUGACCCUGACUCACCUGUGAUAACACUGUGUUUCUGCAGCUCUGUUUGCUCAGUAGAUUAGAACCUUUUCUUUGUUUUAUCUCCACAGAUAAGAAGCAGAACAGUGCAGUGGAGGAUGUAGAGGAUGUAGUAGUAGGUGAAGCAGGGUGCUGGGUUGUUUUCGAGCACACAUGCAGCGUCUUUAACCCUCAGCAUGGUGUCACCCCCGUCAUAAAUGAACUUCUGUGUCAGUCUCUGUAACUAACGUUAACACUCUGAGGUGAACUGCCUUGUCUUAGUGUUCGUCUCCCACGCACUGCCAUUAAAGUGAAGAUGUUGGUACUGAUUGUGACAGACGCAGUGAGCCAAACCAGCCAA